AUGGGAUUGCUGACACUAGCAACGUCAUGUACCUUGCGUUCGACCCCCAAAGACGACAGUACAAAGUAUAGCUUUAAACAACACUCAUCGCUAAAGGACCUCCCUUGGAACAUCAUCAAAUGCGAUAAAGUACAUUGGCAGGCCACAUUACGAGCUUCAAGAAUCGAUAAGACUUACGACUCUCUAUACACAUGGCCGCAUAGUUCACAUCAUCACAACCCGAACAUAACUGCAAACGGAACCCGUCUCAUACCGAACAUGCCUGCGGACUAUAACUCGGCCGCUCGCGCCCUCGCGCUCUCUCCGGAUCGCGGUUCCUCUCCCUCGCCAACCCGGCCACCCUGGUCCGCCACAUCGUCGAGCCGCCGUCUAUCGAAUCCGCUCAUGGGCCGUCGUCGCGCAAGUAGUAGUUAUGCUGGCGGCGGGAGAACAAGCUUCGUGAGUCGCAUUUGGGGCUCGGUCAAUUUGCUCGGCGAGCAGGUCUUCAAGGUGUAUUUGCGCCUGUCCCCUCUCCAGAGGAUCCUCGCUCUUGCAGGCGUUGUAACUGUGGGUAUAUUUGGCAUUCUGGCGAUAAUAUACUCGCAUGUCUUUUUCAGAUGGCUUGAACCAAAGGCUGAAGCGUGGCGCGCUCUUCCGGGCGGUUGGAUAUUGGCUUUCCUUCUCGUUUUUGUCACUUCAUUCCCGCCUAUUGUUGGAUACUCGACUGCCAGCACCAUUGCGGGCUUCGUCUAUGGAUUUCCCUUGGGUUGGCCCAUUGUGGCAUCAGGAUGCACAGCUGGCGCUCUUUGUGCGUUCCUUGCCAGCAGGACCGUCUUGAGCAAGUACGUCGAUCGCAUGGUCGGUCAGGAUCACCGCUUUGUUGCUCUAGGCCAAGUCCUGCGACAGGAGGGUAUUUGGUAUCUCACUGGCAUUCGAUUCUGCCCCCUGCCAUUCAGUCUGAGCAAUGGUUUUCUCGCUACCAUUCCUAGUAUCACACCGCUAGCGUUUACAAUCUCUACAGCUCUUUCUAGCCCCAAGCUUCUCGUCCAUGUCUUCAUUGGUAGUCGGCUCGCUCUCCUAGCUGAAAAGGGUGAUAAGAUGUCCGCCGGUAGCAAAGCCAUUAACUACCUCAGCAUGCUUCUUGGCGGCGCUGUUGGUCUUGGUGUUGGCCUUAUCAUCUACAGACGUACCAUGGCCAGAGCUGAAGAGCUUGCCCAGCAAGAAGGCUUAAACCCUGCUGGCGCAUCUGUUGAAGAAGGCGAAGCUGGCUACGCUGACUCUGAUAACUCUCCUCUCAUGGAUCCUGACGAUGCAGCUGUCCUUAUGUCGGAUGAUGAUAUCUCGCUAUGGGAGAGGGAUGAUACGGAGGGUAGGUACCACGAUGAAGACGAAGACGAAGACGAAGAUACAAAUAAGAGAGGGAAUCAAAGUGCUUGA